UGCUCCCUCUCGACUUGGCAGCACCGACCAACCCCCCCAUAAUCCACAUCCAUAAUGGUCCAGCCCAGGCUGACGAUCCAAUCUCCAUACUGAAGCGAAGCACAAUUCAACCUCCAUCUUGUCUCCUCAACUACAUAUUCUCCACGCCCGUUAUAUUGGCUUCACUAUCGAUCGCUGUAUCGACUGUAUAAUCGAUUACUGCGGUCCAUUACUAUUGUAUACUCGAGAUCCUUAAUAUCUCUCCUGGCGCUAUCGCGAUCCAUCGUCCGUCUCUACCGUCCUGAGCUUCCAUAGCUCGUAUACGCGAUCAUGGCGGCUGAUGAAGCGCCAAACCUGAACCUCUCCCCUGAGGAGAAGCGCACCUAUGGACAACUCUUCCGACAGGCCGAUUCAGACAGUGUUGGUGUCGUUGUCGGUGAAAUUGCUGUCAGGUUCUUCCACAAGACAGGUUUAGACUCCCGUAUCCUUGGCGAGAUCUGGCAGAUCGCCGAUAAGGAGAACCGAGGUUUCCUAACACCAGCUGGCUUUGGUAUCGCUUUACGACUCAUCGGACACGCACAAGCCGGCCGCGAGCCCACUCCCGAGAUCGCCCUCCAACAAGCUCCCCUUCCUCGUUUCGAUGGCAUCGUUCCUCAGGUUACAGGUGCCGGUGGCAUUCCACCGCCUCCGCCUGUUCCCGUCAGCUCGCCGCCUCCCCCGGCCGCUCUUCAAGCCCAGAGCACCGGCGGGCCGAUCCGUAUCCCACCCCUGACUCCUGAGAAGGUCGCACAAUAUACUGGUUUAUUCGAACGUCAACCUCUCCAAGGCGGUCAGCUUCCCGGCGACCAGGCCAAGUCCAUCUUUGAGAAGUCCGGCCUACCCAAUGAAGCACUGGGAAGAAUAUGGCAGCUUGCCGACACCGAGCAGCGUGGUGCUCUUGUCCUGACCGAGUUCAUUAUCGCCAUGCACCUUCUUACCUCCAUGAAGACAGGAGCUCUCCGAUCUCUCCCUAGCGUCCUCCCCGCUGGUCUUUACGAGGCUGCCUCGCGCCGUGGUCCUGCCUCGCGCCAGUCUUCGACUGGUCCUGGCAUCUCAGCCAUUCCUCGACAAGUUAGCGGAACAGCCCAGGUUCGCACAAACAGCCCUCUCGGUCGUCCUCCCAUGUCUCCUCAACAGAGUGGUGCUAGCGACUGGGCCGUGACACCUGCCGACAAGGCUCGAUUCGAUCAGAUUUACGCCGACCUUGACAAGGGAAACAAGGGAUAUAUCACAGGAGAGGAGGCUGUCACUUUCUUCAGCCAGUCUAACCUUCCUGAAGACUCCUUAGCCCAAAUCUGGGAUCUUGCCGACACAAAGUCUCAGGGGCAGCUUUCGCGAGACGAGUUUGCGGUUGCUAUGUAUUUGAUUAGACAGCAGAGAAGUGGUCGUUCUGUCCCUCUACCAACUACUCUACCACCCAAUUUGGUUCCUCCCAGCAUGCGCACCCAGAUUCGACCACAGACUGCUACAUCCGCCUUUGAUCCGCCUCCACCACUUGUUGUACAGGCUCCUCCUCCCGUUCCUAAGUCCGCUCUGGAUGACUUGUUCGGCCUUGAAUCAGGCACUUCCAGCCCUGCCCCCCCUCCCCCUGCUCAGGCUCCAAUGUCAACAGGGGGUUCCAACGCCAACGAUCCUUUCGCCGGCGGCUCUGCACUCACGCCUACCUCUCCCGUUAAGCCAUCUCUUACAGGAACCGGUGGUUCAAGCUUUAAGCCAUUUGUACCAUCAUCUUCAUUUGGUAGAGGCUUGACGCAACAGCCCACUGGUGGUUCAGCUGGCUCUGGCCAGAAGCUUCCGGCACCUUCUGCAUCCGAGGACUUGUUGUCAGAUAACGAUGAGGCUAGCAAGAACAUCUCCGGGGAAACCACUGAGCUUGCAAACCUUUCUAACCAGAUCUCAUCUCUGUCCAAGCAAACCCAAGAUGUGCAGGCCAAGAGGAAUACCACUCAAAAUGAACUGAACCAGGCCACGUCUCAGAAGCAGAACUUCGAGCAGCGACUGGCCCAACUGCGCACCCUAUAUGAGAAGGAGGCGCAAGAUACUCGUGCCCUUGAGGAGCAACUCAGUAAUGCACGGAAGGAGACUGCCAAACUUCAGUCUGAAUGCAUGGCGCUUGAAGGAACUUACCGUGAUACUCAGACGCAGCAUCAGCAAGUAUUGGCAGCUCUUCAGGCGGACCAACAAGAAAAUACCAACCUCCGAGAACGGAUUCGUGUAGUCAAUGGAGAGAUCGCGCAGCUCAAGCCUCAGAUUGAAAAGCUCAAGUCUGAUGCUCGCCAACAGAAGGGACUGGUCGCCAUCAACAAGAAACAGCUGUCCACUACAGAGGGCGAGCGUGAUAAGCUAAAGGGAGAGGCGGAGGAGCUCACCAAGAGCAUUGAGGAUCUUCGGCUGGCAAACACUGGCUCGCCAGCAUCUGCUUCGGCUCAAAUUGCAAGCCCAGCUGCCUCGACCUCUAGCGCUAACAACCCCUUCUUCCGCCGCACUGCAAGCACUGAUAUUAUGGGUGCAUUUGCUUCUCCUCCUCCCACCAAGAAUGUCUCUGAUAAGUCUUUCGACGACCUCUUUGGUCCCUCAUUUCCACCCAGCGUCUCAGCCACUCCACCACCACCUCCACAGACCUCGUUCAAGCCCCAGCAUACUGGUGCCUCAACCGCUAGUGCAGGCUCAUACAACACCCCUCCUGCCGCGAGCUCUCCUAUCAUGAGCCGCCAAGCAACCCUUGCUGCUGACCCCCCUGCUCCCCCGGAGUCAAGGCAGAUCAGUUCCAGCUUCUUGCCUUUCCCUGACCAUACUGAGUCGCUCUCAUCCUCUCGCCAAGUGUCACCCCCUGCUUCGCGUGCUGAUGACCCUCUCCAUGGUUCAGCCACCCCUGUUCCCGGUGACCUGAAAGCUUCUGACAGCCCUGCCGGUGUUCCUGGUGCUUUCCCUGGCGACGAGCUUGACAAGUCUGAAGUCAAGGACGUAGCCUCUGCCCCUGACGAUACUACCCGUGAUGCUGUUAAGGACGAAGCACCAAAAGCAACCGAGUCUGCGGAUCCAUUUGGCGGUAAUGAUGAGGCCAAGGCCAAGGCCGACUUCGAGAACGCAUUUGCUGCCUUCACCACUGCUAAGAACCAUAGCAAGCCUUCCCCUGAAGCGAACAAGUCAUCUGCCUUUGAUUCGGAGUUCCCUCCCAUUUCAGAGCUUGAGCGUGAUGAGGAGGAGGAGUCUGACUCAAGUAGUGACAACGGAGGCUUUGAUGAUAACUUCACACCUGCAUCACCGCCCGCCAAGCCCUUUGGCGAGAAGGCGAACGCGGGAGAGUCACCCGAAGCUACUCACGCAGUCCCUGCCAGCACUUCACCACAGCCAGCCCAGGGAGCCACCCCUCCCGCAGAACCCAAGGCCCCUAGUACCGAGCAGCCUUCGUCUCCCGCAACCGUGACUGAAUCCACUGCUCAAAAGUCAUCGGUCGAUGAUAUCUUUGGCGCGGCUGCUACCGGAACUGCCCCUGCUUCGCAACAGCCUGCCCCUUCCAACCCCCCUCAGACCAAGGGUGGAUUCGAAGACUUGGACAGUGACUUUGAAGGCCUAGAGGAUGCUAAAGAAGGCUCUGCUGAUGAGGAUUUUGCCAACAUCUCUCGCUCCGGACUGGACGACUUCAACCCCGUUUUUGAUAGCAGCCCACCCGGAAGCCAGACUAAGACUGAGUCCACUGCGUUCGGCAACGAGAGCUUCGACUUCAUCUCCCACAGCUCAACUGGCGCUGCUCAGCCUGCUGUCGGAACCAACCAGCAGAAGGCUCCCGAGGCUCAUGACUGGGAUGCUAUCUUCUCUGGUCUCGACUCCCCUAGCGCAACUGCUGCCCAGCCUGCUUCCGCUGAGAAACCAGCGGGCGCUGAGUCCCAUCCUGGUCAGCAGGCUCUGAACCGCACUUUGUCAACCGAAUCCGAGCAUGAUGACCCAAUCCUGAAGAGCCUUACAAGCAUGGGCUACAAGAGACCUGAAGCUCUCGAUGCUCUCGAGAAAUAUGAUUACGAUCUUGACAAGGUUAGUUGAACUCGAUCUGCAUAAAGGAAUUCCUCUAACGUGUACAGGCGGCGAACUUUCUAGCUAGCCGCUCAUAAUAAACACAACAACAGAGUUGUCUCAGAUAUUAUCUUCUGAAGGAAGGGCUUAAUGCAUACCGCAUACUUGUUUCCUUGCUACUGUUUUUGUCUGCAUCCUCAUGAUUCCUUUGUUGAAUAUUUUCUUGGCAGCGAGAUUUUCCUUUUGCGUCUUGGUCCCAUUGGACAUGGGCUUGUUCUCCUAUCAUCUAUCAUCUAUCCACACAUUGUAGUAUCAUGAAGACUACUUGUUUGCUUAAGCCUGUAUUGAUUUCGUCUUUCAUGUUGCAUACUUUGAGAUUGCAGCUGUAGAGAUGCAGUUUCGUGUCGCCGAUAUAAUGAUGCAGAUAGAGCAGACACCAACAAGUUAAAAUAAUGAGUCAUUCAAACAAGCGUAAAUAACAUUGUCGCUAACAGGGCAUGAAAUGAUGCCCAUCAUACACAAUUGCAAUAACCAUCUACCUUUUCCCAUUUAAACGCAAAUCAUGACUCGUCCUCGGUUACUUGACCCUGCUCAUAAUAGUCUCUGGUCCACGCCCACUAUCAAUAUUGGCAGCCUCCUUCUUAACCGCGCCGAUCCAAGACCUCUCAAAGUCAUCUCUUGACUUCAACACAGCCUCAACCCACUGCACAUUCAGGUCCCAAUAAGCCAUCUUGAACGUCACGUAAGCGUCCACGAUGGCAUCGCGGUCAGCUGUCAACAGACGCAAGAAGUGUUCUGUAACACGCCAGGUCUCCUUGAUAGAGGCACCAAUGUCAGGUGAAGGGAGUGUGCUGAAGCACUCGAAAGCUGUGGAGAUAUCGUUGAACAGCUUGUCCUGAAAUGGGUCGGUACGACGGAACUUUGCGCCCUUGUUGCGCACAGCGGAUAAGUAGCGAACAAGUAGCUCCUCAGCAAAGAUCUCAACGAAAAUAUCGACCAGUGAAUGGUGCAAUACAUGGCGGUAGUCGUUAACGUACUCCUCGAACGUCACCACCAUCUGCUUCAUAGCAGUAGUUGUGUACCAUCGAGGCGUAAAGAAGUCAGGCAUGACGGUACCAAAAUCGACAGAGAAUAUAAGUUGAGCGAAGCGGUUGAUACACCAUGUGCUGAAGUCGACGUAGCCGUCACGCAGCGUAUUAACUUCACUCUCAAUACGUUCAAGGUACGCGGGUGUAACAUGCUGCUCCACAAGACGACGGAAGCUUGAGAGGUAUGCAAGACGGUUCUCGUCCUCGUUGUCGUCGAUGCAGGCGAUCUGGUCGUUUGCUGUAGCCACGAGCCAAUCCUGAAGAGCCUGGAAACCCUCGAGUUCAGGAAUCUUACCCUCCUCGUAGGGGAUAGCCUCAUCUUCAAGCAUAGCCUGCCACGACUGCUGACGAGUGCGUAGACGGGCAAACAUAGCGUCGAUUACACCCUCAACAACAUCAGCGCGCUGGGAGUUGGCAGCUGUGUCCACUUGCUCACGCAGCAUUCGCCAUAGGGCAACAAAGUUCUUGGUUCUGAAAUAGCCAUACUCGUCCUGAUCCAAGUUGGAGCCCUCGACGUUGCGCUCUGCCAGGUCGCGCUUCUCUUGUGCAAAUAUUCGGUCAAUCCACUCAUCAAGGAAUUUAAUGAUGAGCUCACGAAAGUCGCGAACAAGCUCUGCCUCGCGGUUGUCGAUAACAUGAGGUAUAAGCUCUUCUUGCUUCAGACCGAUCUUUACCAUCUUUCUGUAGUACUUCUCCGGGAAGCCCACGAUUUCCAAGGUAUGUGCUGACGACGCCUCGUUGCCAUCUACCAUACCGACCAGGAAAUCGUGCAUCAGCUGGUGAUAUACGCCAGCGUAUGUCUUUACGAUAUUCCACUUCUUUGGCAUAAGGUGCGACAUUCCAACCUUGACGACGUUUAGAUCGUUGAAAUACCACUUCAUGAUCUUGUCCAACUUGCUCGGAUCUUCGAGGAACUCUUCUUUUGCUCCUUCGAAUUGUUGCUCUGCGCUGAGUCGAAUAGCUUGUAUGAACUUCUCCUUAUAGCCACGAACCUUCUUGGCGCCGUCUGUGAUACUCUGAAAACGGGUUGCCAUUUCUUUGUGAUCUUUGAGAGCUUCCUGCAGUGCUAGUACACGUUGGUCGCUUGACUCCUCGGCCUCCAUCACCACUGCGAAUCUCACAACAAGCCCAUUGUUGUCCUGCACAACGAGAUUAAUGAGAUUCAGAGCAAUGAUGCCAACAUGCUCAUCAAACCAAUCAAUCGUGUCGUCUAGCCUCGAAAAGUAGUCCACCAGUGUCGCUUCAAGACUCUCGUCCUCUGCGCGUUGUAUUUGUUCCAUAGCAUCGUCGCGGAUAUUUCUCAAUUGAGUAAGUUCGUAGUGGCACGGCAGCAGAUUUGGCAUGUUGUCGCUGUCCUCGUCAUCUUCCCGAAGCAUCAACUCGACACGCGAUAUGCGCUCGUUGAAGGUCUCGAGGUUGCGACGCAUGGUCUCGACGGCGCCAAAGUUGCGGUGUGCUUGUGACACGAGGUUGAUGCUCGCAAAGUCCUUUAUCAUAUUCUGUGACUCCGAGCACAGCUUGUCGAUCUUGAUCAUUUCCUCUUUGAUCAUCUGGACCGUCUUCUGGCCGUCGCUCAGCCCCGUCAUGCCCGAUUGUGUCGUCUCAAGCUGCUCGCGAAGGCCGCUUCGGAGCUGGCCAUCUACGGCGCCCUUUUUGCGUGAGAAUUCUAACUUGAGCGCGGGUAUCUUGUCUAGAUCGUCGGGAUGCCGUAGCAGCUCCGAGAGCUUGGGAGCAGGUGUGUCGUCCAUUGUAGCGGCGUCGGCGUCGAGGGGUUCCGCGCCCAAUCAAAUCAUGAUGCGGGGGUAUCGUGUCUUUUAUAGUGCUGGGCUUUUGGUGCUGGUGUCUAGAUAUUAAAUUCGUUGGGCAUAGGUGAACGUUAAAGCGAGUGUGUCGAGUUGGGCAUGUCAAAGUCAACGUCGCGGGGAGCUAGCUAUUCACUGUCCCUUACUGCAGGUCGUU